AUGGUUGAAAAAGACUCUCCAAUCGUAAUUGUUGGCGCUGGUGUGUUUGGUCUGUCCAAUGCGCUUCACCUCGCCAGCAACGGAUACAAAAACAUCACCGUGUUCGAUAGACUGGACUUCGACGCCAACGCUUACACUUUGCUUAAGGGAGCCGAUACUGCCUCGGCAGACAUUAACAAGGUGUUUAGAGCUCAGUAUGCUGAAAAGAAACACUACCAGGACCUUGCAUUCCAGGCGUUCGAAAUUUGGCAGAAGUGGAACAACGAGAUCAGAUUCAUUCCUCCUGAAGAAGCAAGGAAGUAUACCGAUCUUCAAAUCCUCGAUCUAUGCGGUAUGUUGAGGCUUGACGAUAUUGUUGGCUGGGAAGAAAAGGCCAGCAGAACAAAUUUUGAGAAGGAAGGGAUUGCUCCUCUCAGAUACGACAUCAACGAUCCUGUAGAUGUGAAGAGAGCCAAUGCUGCAGGAUUUGGAUCAAAGGUAAAAUUUGCCCUUGAUUUGAAGGAAAAAAUUCCAAGUCUGGAAGGUGCACUGGAUACCACCUCUGGCGUGUUGUAUGCUUCGAGGGCUUGUCAGUAUGCCAAGUACUUAUGCACCCAGCUAGGUGUUAAAUUUGUCUUUGGAGAGAAGGCUGGUACCUUCAAGGAAUACAUCUACAAGGACGACAAAAAGACCGUUCACGGUGGAAUCAUUACCAACGACGGGAAAAAACACUAUGCUGACUUGACGGUUAUUAAUUGUGGUCCAUGGUCUACUUUGCUUGUCCCAGAGCUCGACGGCAUGAACGAGGCUGCUUCAGGUAAUGUCAUCAUCUUCAAGAUCCCUGAGGAUCGGGUUGAUCUCAAGGCCAAAUAUAACAGCAAGGUCUUCCCUAUGGUGGGCUGGAAAACAGGCCAUUCAAGAGAAAAAGAAUAUAUGGGAGGUAUGUUCAUGUUCCCAAUGAUGGAGCCAGAAGGGUACAUGAAGAUGAUUGUUAGACAGACCAAGUACACCAACCCUGUUAAGUUGGAGAAUGGCAGAGUUGUGUCGAUUCCUAAGACCUCCAAUAGCAACCCUCCCACCAAAAUGCUUACGCGUCACAUCAUCCGCCAAGUUGACGAAUGGCUCAAGCUGUUUUUCCCUGACUUGUAUGAGGCAAAGUUGGAAUAUGAAAGCAGACUGCUUUGGUAUACCGACACUAUAGACAACGACUACAUUUAUGAUUUCGUCCCGGGAAAAAAAGGCCUUUUUGUUGCCUGUGGAGGAUCAGGGCACGCAUUCAAGAUGCUGCCUGUUCUGGGACAGUUCUUGGUCGAUAAAGUCGAGGGCCGUGAAAACUUCUACACUAAACUGUUCAAAUGGAGAUCACUUUCAGGAACCGAAAAGGAUCCCAAUGGACUGAGAGAAGGCUUGGCCACAAAAAGAAACUACAACCAGCAGGAGCUUUCUACGGAGACAGAUCUUAGAUUUGGAGACUCUUUUUCAAGGACACCAAAACUUUAG